AAUAUCAUAAAAUAAAACUAAUAAUGAUGCAAGUUGUUGUUAGGCAUAUUAAAAAUUUAAAAAAAUUGUACUAGUCCAAUUGAAUUUUCCAACAACAAUUCAUAGUAAUUUUGGUUCUUUUCUUUGACCAUCAUCAUUCAAACAUGUUUCUACAUCUAAACUAAUUUAAGUCUUUUUCAACAUUUAUGUCAACUUGCAUCCAAUUUUCUUACUCAUUUGUGUAUAAGAUAAGAUAUUUCUGUUAGUAUAUCAUAAUCAUUUGCUUGCUCAAGGUACAACUUAUACAUAUGAAUUAUAAUAAUAUUAGCAUCACAGAGAAAUUAAAUCAAGAAGAGAUUAAUAUGGGAACUGCUGCUCAAAGUUCUUCAGAAAUCUAUACAAGUGAUAGUGAAAAGGGUUUUGCUGUCAGUAAUCACUCUUCUACUUCAUCUGAGUUAGAUGCAGGAGCAAAGUUUGUUUUAGUAUCUAGAGGAUCAUGGUUACACUGUGGUUAUCAUUUGACAACAUCUAUUGUGGGACCAGUGAUUCUUACACUUCCAUUUUCAUUCACUCUUUUGGGUUGGUUUGGAGGAAUAAUAUGGUUGGUUCUUGCAGGAGUAAUCACAUUUUAUUCAUAUAAUCUUUUAUCUAUUGUCUUAGAACAUCAUGCUCAGCUUGGUCGCCGCCAGCUUAGAUUCAGAGAUAUGGCUAGAGAUAUUUUAGGUCCUAAAUGGGCAAAAUACUAUAUAGGCCCUCUACAAUUUAUCAUAUGCUUUGGGACGGUAAUUGGUGGUCCUCUUGUGGGAGGAAAGAGUCUCAAGUUCAUUUACGGACUCUACCAUCCAGAAGGAUCAAUGAAGCUUUACCAAUUUAUAAUUAUAUGUGGAGUUGUAACAAUGCUUUUAGCUCAGCUUCCAUCAUUUCACUCUUUGAGACACAUUAAUCUGAUUUCUCUGAUUCUCUGUGUGACUUAUUCAACAUGUUUAACCGUCGGUUCGAUAUACGUCGGUCAUUCGAAAAACGCGCCGCCGAGACAUUAUUCUGUAAAAGGUUCUGAUGCAGAUAAACUGUUUGGUGUCUUCAAUGGUAUUUCAAUCAUUGCUACCACAUAUGCUAGUGGGAUUAUUCCAGAAAUACAGGCAACUUUGGCACCUCCUGUGAAGGGAAAAAUGUUCAAAGGACUAUGUGUGUGUUAUUCUGUUAUAGUAGCUACAUAUUUCAGUGUUGCUAUCUCUGGAUAUUGGGCAUUUGGCAAUGCAGCUGGUGCAACAGUUCUUUCUAACUACAUUGAAGUGACAAAGCUUGGAGAGCUAAAGCUAUUGCUACCUAAAUGGUUUUUCUUGAUGACUAAUAUACUCAUCCUUCUUCAAGUGUUUGGAUUGACUGCGGUAUAUUUGCAACCAACAAAUGAAUUAUUUGAAACAAUUUUCGGAGAUCCAAAGAAGGAACAAUUUUCGAUGCGCAAUGUUAUACCAAGGAUACUGUCAAGGUCAAUAUCAGUAGCAGCAGCGACAGUUUUUGCUGCUAUGUUACCAUUCUUUGCAGAUAUAAUGGCAUUGUUUGGAGCAUUUGCAUUCAUUCCUCUUGAUUUCAUUUUGCCAAUGGUUUUUUACAAUAUAACUUUCAAGCCUUCAAAACAAAGCAUAAUAUUUUGGUUGAAUACAUUGAUUGGAGGAGGAUCCUCAAUUUUAGUUGUGAUAGGUGGAAUUGCAGCUAUUAGACAAAUAGCUCUUGAUGCUAAAAAUUAUAGUUUAUUUUCUGAUUCUUAUUCUUGAAUAUGUAAAAAUCUUAAUGGCAAUAUAGUGAGAAGCAAUACACAAUUCAUUUCUAAGUUUA